CAGACCCAGCUGCAAUUGGGUCUGUCUCGCCGUCAAGGGAGCAGAAAGGGAGAUGAUGAGGCAGACGGGCGAGGGAGGACCGCAGCAGCUCGACUGGAGACCCGUUGCUGAGGGCGUCGAGGAGUCUUUAUGGAGUUGCAGACUUGGCUUCCAGCAUCCAACGCACUAGCACUGUCGGUCGAUAGUACGGGCCUGUCCUAUCCCGGCCGCUCGCGCAAACGUGCGUGGGUGAAGGUGUAGGGGUCCGCGUCUGCAAAUCCCGCGCUCUCGUUUGGAUCGCCCAGCCAGAGAGGUAUGUGCCCCAAUCGCUCACGGCAGGAGCCUGCGCAGAUCGUGGGCUUGGCUCGGCUUUUUCUGCCUCAGCGCCGCGCCGCUCAAACACAGUUGACGCUGCGAGCCGCUGAGCAUUCACCCUCGCCUUGCCUUCUGCAGACCGCGUCGCACGCCCUCUGGCAUGCCCCCGACGUUAGCGGCCGGGCAGCAGCAACAAGGGUGCGCCGUCUUGGCGUGCCCCAGACUUGCUGGCGCCUCCCUCCGCGACGCCAAAGAAUGCUCCAUUUCGGUUACGCCCGCGCGCGGCCUUGUUGCGGCUCCACGGACUCUCCACAACCACGGAACACGGCCGCUCUACUGCGUGGAUUCCUCCACCUGACCCUCUACCGACAGUGUUCAGCCGUCUUGUCCAGCUGGGCGCGCGAGCUGCUGCACAUGGCCGGGACGAGCAAAUACAUUGGCCUCCAGAGCGCCAUUUUCGACAAGCUUGUCUUGGCUGUGACCCGGCAAAGUCAAGAGACCGCCAAAAUUGUUUCGAAUCCCCCAGCGACCGUGAAACUUGGAGAGCCUCACACUCCAGAUCUGCGCAAACACUCGUGAGCUGCACCUGGAUCCGCCCGUUCCUGCCAAUGUUCGCAAUCGUC